AUGCAACAACAUAAUUUAGUUAUUUCAGAAAUGAAAGGCAAAUUCUGUGAGUAUUCAAUGAAAAAAUAUUCAAGUAAUGUUGUAGAAAAAUGUGUUCAUUGUUGUACUUCAGCUCAACGUGAUAAUUUCAUUGAUGAAAUUUGUUCUAAAAAAGAUAAUGAGAUGCUUCUCAAAUUAAUGAAAGACCCUUAUGCUAAUUAUGUUAUUCAAACACUAGUCGAAGUAAUGGAUGAUGACCAACGCUCUAAAUUUAUUGAACAAAAUAUUCUUCCAAAUGUUUCAUCGUUAAGAAGAGUUUCAUAUUCUAAACAUCUUUUACAACGACUUAAUAUUCAAGUUGAAAGUUAA